UCGAUAUGCCUUCCUUCCCUUCAGUUGUUUCCUGAAACAGCUCAGCUGUACCCACCCUCCUCAAUUCUCUCUUUUUUCUCUCUCUCUAUUUCUUUGGUCCUCAUGGCUGACAAAAAUCCUAAGGUAAAAAGUAAAGACAAAGUGGCUAAAGAGGCAGCUGAAGACUUAAAGGAAAAUCAGAAUGAAGAAGAGAAAAAUGGAGAGGUCAGCAGCCAGAACGGAGAUCUACCGGAGGAGCCGGUGGAGCCGGUGGAGCCGAUUGAGCUUCCCCCAUUUGAAGUCAUUACAGGGGACCGGAUAGAUCCUUUUGCCUUCAAGUUCCAGUAUAAGAACGUGGAAUACUCAUCUGGGCGCAACAAAACCUUCUUGUGUUAUUUGGUGGCUAAAGGAAACUCAGCUGACGGCUUACUGAGGGGUUUCCUUGAAGAUGAGCAUGCCAGCGAUCAUGCUGAAGAGGCUUUCUUCACGCUGUGUCUGACGCACAUUGACCCUGAACUGAAGUACAACAUCACUUGGUAUGUGUCUUCAAGUCCCUGCCCCACUUGCUCCUUAAAGAUCGCUGAGGUGUUGAAGGCCAAGACGAAUUUAAAGCUGAGUAUCUUUGCAUCUCGACUGCUGGAUUGGGAGGAGGUGGAGAUCCAGGAGGGACUGAAGGCGCUGCACCGCGUAGGCUGUAAGCUGAGGGUGAUGAAGCCGCUGGACUUCUCCUACUUGUGGGACACCUUUGUGGAGACAGAUGACCAGCCUCUGAACCUAUGGGAGGACUGCAAAGAGAACUACGAGUUUUACCACGAUAAACUGGCAGACAUUCUGCAGUGAACAUGGUGGCAGUACCCUGAUGUGGUUCCAUCACUGUUGCCUGCUGUCUGCUGCCUCCAGAAAACACAGAAGCCAACCAGCCACACGAUCAAACCUUCAUGUGACCUGAUGGAUGACAUCAUGGCUUGCAGUGGUUGGGGGUCAAAAGUCUCCAUAACUUGAUAGGAGGAAGCUCUCAGGAACCAAAACAAAUAAAUGUAGACCUCCAGGUUUCUUCCUGUCUAUGAUACUGUAACUGAGUGAUUGAUUCACACAUUUUUAUCUAAGUUCCUUUGAUUUAAAAGAUGUGUCAAUUAUUUAAAUGUUAAAGCUGCUCUAAAAACAACUGCUUUAGCAACUGCGCACUUCUGAGAUUUUUCUAAAGUUAUAUGAUUGUACGAAGUUGUUGACUUUUUUAUUCCUGGUUUGUCUAACGUUUUUAAAGCACCACUGUGGAAGAACAAUAAUAGCAUCCAGAAAAAAUUAACUGAUCAAAAAACAAGAAAACACCCCCCUAAUAAGUGCAAGUACUAGCCAUUACCAUCUGCUAGCUGUAACAGCUCAUAUCCACUAAAUCCAACAUCAGUUUGCAUGAAAUAGGGACAGCGCCCCCUACUGUUAAAUGCAAGGAAGUACAGUUCCUUAUAACGUGGUUGGCUUAAUGCUAAUGCUAAUUAUGCUAGCUUGCUUCAAUGAGAGAGAUACUACUUUAAUAACAACUGAGAGAAGUUAACAACUGAGAAAAGUUUUUCUCCAAAGCUUGCCAGUUAUGCCUGCUGUGCUAGCGUCCGCACAUUCUCUCUUUUUUUAAUGCAUGCAAGGCAAAUAAUGCUCAUUCAUAGGAGGAGUUUUUCAACUAUAUCAAAGUCUAUGGAGGUGCCCAUAGAAAUGAAUGGACUUUCAGACAAGGUGCUAAUGCUGCCAUAGAAGAUAAACUGGGAGAUGUUCUUGCAACAGGCUUAACAGCCUAUACAAAUAAGUCAACCUAUUUAUAGAAUUAUUUUCUUCUUUGUGCUGAACACCAGGGAAACGUGUACUGGGGUUUAUAUGGAUUUAAGGAGGACAAAUGUAAAUGACACCUAACAUAUUGUAAGAUGUUAACAUCAAUUAGCAUUUAGCAUUCAUUAGCCAUUAAACCUUGUUUCUAAUUUCCCUUUAUCAGUCUGUAUGAAAUAUGAAGCAUGUCCAGCUCUCUUCAGGCGAGUGGCAUUGAUCCUUGGUGCAGUCCCACCUCUACCUUGAUCUACUCUGUCACAUAUACAGUGCACUUUACCACCGUCUUUCAGCUGCCACACCUGUCCUGCAUCACUCUAACAUAUUUCUCUACCACUCCAGACUUUUUCUAGAUCUAUAAAGACACAAUGAAGCUCCUUCUGGCUUUCUCUGUACACCAACAUUCUCAAAGCAAAUACUGCAUCCGUAGUACUCGUUCUUGGCAUGAACCCAUACUGCUGCUCACAAAUGCUCACUUAUGUCCUUAGUCUACCUUCUAUGACUCUUUCAUAGAGCUGGCACAUCAACUUUAUUCCCCUAUAGUUGCCACAACUCUGCAUGUCUCCCUUGUUCUUAAAGAUCAGCACCAUCACACUUCACCUUCAUUCCUCGGUCAUCCUAUCACUCCCUAAGAUUUUGUUGAACAAUGGAGUCAAAAUCUCUAGUGCCACUUCUCCCAGACACUUCCAUACCUCCACAGGUAUAUCGUCAGGACCAACUGACUUUCCACUCUUCAUCCUCAUCAAUGCCGUCCUCACUUCACCUUGACUAAUCUUAGGCACUUUGUGGUCCACAACAGUCAACACUUCUACUCUUUGUUCUCUCUGAUUUUCCUCAUUCAUCAACUCUUCAAAGUAUUCUUGUCAUCUUACUGUCACACUUCUGGCUCCUGCCAAGGCAUUUCCCUCUUUAUCCUUCACCACCCUUACUUGCUGCACAUCCUUCUCAUCUUUGCUCAGAUCAGUCUCUCCCUCCUUAGUGUCCAACCUAGCAUACAAGUCAUCAUACGCCCGUUGUUUGGCCUUUGCUACCUUUACCUUGAUCUUAUGCUGCAUUUCCCUGUACUCCCGUCAACUCUCUUCUAUUGUUAAGUGUCCCAUUUCUUCUUAGAUAACCUAUUUCUCUGUACAUACGCAUGCCCUUCCUCAUUUCACCACCAAGUCUCCUUGUCUACCUUCCUCCCAGAUGACCCAGUACUCUCCUACCCAUCUCUCUGAUCACAUUAGUUCUAAUUUUCCAUGCAACUGGAAACACUUCCUGACCAGCCAACGCCUGUCUCAACUUCUCCCUGACAGUUGCACAACACUCCUUUUUCAACUUCCACCACUAUGUCGUCUACUCUGCCUUUGCCCUUUUCAUCUUCUUCACCACCAGGGUCAACCUACACACAACCACCCUAUGCUGUCUGCCUGCACUCUCCCCUACUACUACUUAGCAGUUGCUAAUCUUCUUCAGAUAAUGUUGUCUACACAAGUUGUAGUAAACCUGCGUGCUCCUACCUCCACUUUAUUAGUGGCCCUGUGUUCCUACCUCUUCUGGAAGAAAGUAUUGACUACACCCCUCUCCAUCCUUUUUGCAAAGUCUACCACCAUCUGUCCCUCUGCAUUCCUGUCCUAGAUACCAAACCUUUGCAUCACUUCCUCAUCACUUCUGUUGCCUGCACCGACAUGCCUAUUGAAGUCUGCUCCAAACACCUCUCUCUCACUCACUGGAUACUCAUCACUUCAUCUAACUCACUACUUCUCUUCUAACUCACAUCACACCUUCAAUUUCCAACUUUAGGCUUAUACCUCUAUCUGAUUCUCAUUUCACCUCAGAAGAACAUUCAAGAAACAUUCCUAACCAAAUCCUCUUUCAAGAUAACGCCUACUCCAUUCCUCUUCCCAUCAGCACCAUGAUAGAACAACUUAAAUCCUGCUCCUAGGCUCCUAGCUCUGCUAUCUUUCCACCUGGUCUCUGUGACACACAGUAUAUCCACCUUCCUCCUCUGCAUCAUGUCAAACAACUCUAGCUUUUCCUGUCCUCGUCCCAACAUUAAAAGUCCCCACUCUCAGUCUUAAACUCUUGACUCCUCUUCUCUCUCUGCCUGUGGACACCCCUUCGUCCUCUCCUCCUUUUUUGACCCACAGUAGCCCAAUUUCCAUCAGCACCCUGCAGGUUAAAGGCACUGCUGGCGGUUGUGUUAACCCGGUCCUCGACUGAUCCAGUAUGGAAAUCAGAUUUGUGACUUGUUACACUGUACAAUUAAAUAUGCUUAAUCGUGGGUAAGAUGCCAAGAAUGGUGUACACAAACUGUUUACUUGUGUCAUAGGCUACAACCUGAUACGACAGGAUAUACGUUUCUUCAUCACCAUGCCGAGCAGUAAUUAAACAAACGUGAAAAUGAACCACUCUGUAAUAGCGUUUAUAUGUGCUGGAAAUACUUUAAGAACCAACUGGCGAAGGAGAAUGUGUUUCCAGUCAUGAUUUGGGAGAGGAGACCAACUUCAGAUGACAGUUUUGCAAAACAAGUGCUUGGUAUACUGUGAUGUGACCCAGGCUGAAGAACAGCUUGCAAUGCCUUCAUGGUGCUGGCUUCUGUUACUACAACUGCACCAAUUCUGAGUCUCAUAAAGUACAGUUUAUUUUAUCUUUAUGUUAUGUUAUUUUCUUUUUUUGAGGAAUUGCGUUGGGUCACAACACUACUUUAGUACAUUUUAAUUGACUAAUCAGUAGAUGGAAUUGUAGGGUUUUGGGCAUGGUCAGGAGAUUAUAUCAGACAGUCUGGAUGCAAUACCAGUGUGACGGUGGUUGUGGUAUCACUCACAUUGUAUAAUGUGAGACAGCUGAUUUGGACUGAUGAUGAAGGAUAUUUCCACAAUUCCUUCACAAUAGCCAUCUUUAGCCUGAGACAGCUGAAAAUUGUACAGUGUGCAGGAGCCUUUACUGAUAGGUCAGUUGCAGUAGUACGAUUAUUACUGAUGUCUCCCCCUCUUGUAAUUGUGUUAACCUGAAUGCUCCAGACCGGCAAACUUCCAAAAUGUCUGCUUUUGUAGUGUUCUGCUCACCUGUUGAUAAUCCAUUAAUAAGGGACUGAUGUUUAGCAGCACCUGGUAGCAAGCUACCCUCUUAAAUCCUAUGAAAGUAGCAAAGCCAUACUUAAUAUUGCCCACAUUUUAUUUUGUAUUUAUUUUUAUGUUUUAAAAUUGGCAUCUUUAUAAAUAAUGUCAUGGCAAUGAAUAGGAUUGAAAGAGGACUUACUAACUUUUGCAUGACUGUUGUAUGCAGGCUGCUUAGUGCUAUCUAUCACCAAAUGAGAUGCAAUGGACUCCAGACUGUAAACUGAUGUUUGAUUCCCUUUUUAUUGACUCGUUAUUACUGACACAGUUAUUUGUUGUCUUCCAGUGAUAAACAUAAAGAAUAAAGUAAGAUCUAACACAGAAGAAGACACAUCAGGUUCUUUCUCAUUUUCCAUAGCGUAGACCAAAAGAGUUGAGGUUGUAUGAUGACACAUCCUGGCGUUUCUCCAUUGUCUGUGGGGGUACCAGCUCUGUAAUCCACCCCCUUCCCAUAGGAAAGUCUCGAUUGAUUGGACGCAGCGUCCAAGGAGUCUUUGCCGAUGCCAAGCUUAAAUCUCUCAGGAGUUUAAGCAGUGCAUGAUCUGAAGGAGAGAGAGGACGG